GGUCCUUCUUCUCACGGAGCGUGUGUCAUAUUUAGCAUUUGGAAUGAUAAAAUUCAAGAAUUAAAUUCUGAUUUUAAAAUCAAUUAACAAGGAAUUAAAUUCCGCUAUUUUAAAUACUAAACGUUAGUAAAACUUAACGUUAAAUUGACCUUCUUUUGCUAAGUAUAAUGCCGUCUCCGUUGUAUAUUGAAGUGCUUAGGCGCCGAAGAAUGCAUGUAUUGAUGUCGGUGCUACUGGAAUCACGGUCGUUUCGGCCGUUCAAGUCGAGCGAGGAAUAUCUGUACGCGAUGAAGGAGGACAUCGCAGAAUGGCUGAAUGGUCUGUAUCCAGACCUCUACAUGAACGUCAACAACUUCAUGGACCGCCUCGACACCGGAGUCGCCCUCUGCAAGCACGCCAACAGCGUCCGGAAGUACGCUGAAGAGUAUGUAACUCGCAGACAGAACCAGGGGGCCAAGUACAGCAAGUCCGGCCAGACAAUCGCGGCAUCGGUCCUCAACUUAUCUUCGGUUCGCUCCUUCCCUGGAGCCAAGGCUGGAACCUUCUUUGCCAGAGACAACGUCUCCAACUUCAUCUCCUGGUGUCGUCGCGGCCUCGGCGUCUUCGAGUGCCUUCUUUUCGAGACAGACGACCUCAUCAUGCGCAAGAACGAGAAGCACGUGAUCCUUUGCCUCCUCGAGGUUGCCCGGCGAGGUGCUAAACUUGGUAUGCCGGCGCCCAUGCUGGUCCAGCUGGAGCGGGAGAUUGACCGCGAGAUCGCAGCAGACAAGCGCGAUCUGAGGCGAGGGCUGAGUCAGGGAGGUCCAGGCUACGAGUUCGAGGAUGACGACGACGAGAGCGACAUGAGCGACGCCGAAGACCACUGCCAGUACGGUCCUACCCCGCAGAUCGUCACCAAUGACCUCAAGAGUCUCGACGAAAUGGUUCGAGACUUGGUGGAGAAGUGCCGCUGCCCCACCCAGUUCCCUAUGAUACGAGUAUCUGAGGGUAAAUAUCGCAUCGGAGACACCAAGGUCCUCAUAUUUGUCAGGGUACUACGAAGCCAUGUGAUGGUGCGAGUUGGAGGUGGUUGGGAUACGCUCUCUCAUUACUUGGACAAGCACGAUCCCUGCCGCUGCAAAACUGCGCACCGCGCUCCAGUAUCGGCCAAGAUCGUUGGCAUGAAGACAGGAAUCCCAGGCAUAGAUAUCGCUGGAACGCAGGUGCAUUACGAGAGGUCACCUCCUAGAACUCGCAGAUCAUCGGCUUCAAGUGUAGGAAGCAACAGUGGGGCUGGUAGCAUAGCUCCACCUCCACCGGCCAUCACCAGGAACCGAAGUCGCUCCCCGAAUACUCAGAGAAACGCCACUCUCUCUCCGGGAUCCAAAGACCAGGGACGCCGAAGCCGCUCCCCUACCCCUCGUAGAACCCUCACUCCUACACCUAUCUCAGAUCGGGCUAGGAACAGAAGUAGAUCUCCUACUCCGAACUAUCGUCUCGCACCCAAUCAGCGGAAUCGAAGUCCGUCACCAACCCCAAGGCGAGAAUUAGCCCCGACUGUAGCAUCCAGAAAUAGAUCAAGGUCACCUACGCCUCGUAAGGAAUUAAAACAAUCACGACCUUCCACCCCCAACCCACGACGACGAUCCAGAUCAACCUCACCCAAAGAAGGAGCCAACGCUAGAAAAGUCCCGUUGGAAAACGGGACACACGAAGACUUGAAGGCAGUGGCUGAAAGAGUACGAUCGUCCACUCCUCUAUCAGAUUUUGAUUCGAUUGAAACGCGCACCGCACGUGUCUGUAACGAUGUUGUAGAAAACGUGUGUAACACGAAUGGAUACGGCUAUGCCCUAGACGGUGAUGCAACAGUGCAAGCGCUUAUUCCUAGCAACAAAGCAGUGGCAAGUCUGGUCACAGAUGAUGUCCUCAGAGCUACUUUGGAAGACAAGAAUUUGGAUUCGGCAACUGAGAAGCUUGAAGAAAUUGUUGAAAAGAAAACUAAAACAAAAUUGGAUGACGUUAGUCCUGGAGUUGAUGUUUCUCCAUGCAACAAAGUUUCAGACAAUUUCAUCCACCACCCUCAACGCGGAUCUUCAGGUAACAUCUCAACUUUGGACUCACCACGCCACAGUAUCUCGAGGGACUACGAGAGUGGAGUGGACACUUCUCCGGCACAAAGAGUGUCCGAUAACUUUGUCAGCUACCAUCGCGUGUCCAUGUCGGUACCGAGGAGGAGUCCAACACCUGUCAAGGAAAUCAAGUCUGGGGUCGACACAACACCUUCUAGACGUAUAUCAGAUAACUUCAUUGCUGCCGAGGCUAGCGGACACUCUGGAAAACGCUCGGGUUCAAAAUACGGAAGUUCUAGUUGUCUCGACACCAUGGGAGCGGACGGCCAGACGAACAACGACAGUGGCUCUGAGGUAUCGGACGAGGGAUACCGAAGUUUAGGCAUCGUCCCUUCCCCACAGUCUUGCAAUACACAAGGAGCGAAAUCACUGACAGCGUCUCCAGUACGAGUGCCCAGGACGGCACGCAGCAGGUCUGUGGGUGGGACGCAGGAAAACCAGACCCAGAGUCCUCAACAAUCACCGUUCCGCCGCAACACUCCCGUCAACCGUUCUGCGAGGGUUUCUGCGUCCACAGCGGCGAGCUCUUCCUCCCGCAACCCCAGCAACACGUGGAAUUCUACUGGAGGUCGGUCGGGUAAGAAGACCAGACCCGCUCUCACACAAGACACCUUCUGUCAGCAAGUGGCAGAGAUAAUGCAGCAAUACGCCGCCAUGAUGCCUAGUCCUCGCAAAGACUCUAAACCCGACUCAGGGAUUACUACUCGCAUCCCAGCACCCGUGCAAAGGACAUAGCUACUGUACUGUGUGAUCUUAAUGUGAUAUCUAUCUUAGAUACUUUUGUGUAGUUGAGAUAUAUCAUUAACAUCAGGUUGUAAUGACGUGACAUAUUGAGUUCGAGAAUGUGUUCCUCGGUGUCCCUAGGAAGGUAACGCGAGAGCUUGUUGCUAGACCACAUUUAAGUUUUGACAAUAAAUUGUACAUUCUUGGUCACGAUUACUCAAAUUGUGCAUUUUAAUUAUCAUUGUUGCAAUUAUUCCGGAUCUUCAAUUUGAUUGAGAACCCCGUUUCGAAAUAUAGUUUUUAAAUUUACCAAAUGGCUUAGGUAGUUUAUAAAACGGAAAUGCUAUACCAACGGGCCAUAUGAUAAAUACAUUCACUUCUGCCAUAUUCUACAUUGAACUGGUAGACUUAACAAAAAAUGUCAUGUAAUUUGUAACUUGAUUAUGUAGUUGCACACAUUCAUGUGAUAAGCAUUUGCAGUUGUUAUAAUCAGCCUAGAGCUAGGGUCGGAUCUAUUGUAGUUCGGCCAAAUUAUUGGACUUAGAAUUGGUGUCUUAUUUGAGACUUCUUAUUGUAGAAGCUAUAUUUUUUAUACAAAGCAACUAUCGUGUAGUGUUUUAAGAUUGUGGUGAUCUUGGGCAAGACUGGUGCUUUUAUUUCAUUGCCAGUUGACAUUAAGUCCUGUUUUAGAAUCUAUUGACUAAAACGUAGAUCUAUCAAUCAUUGUAGUACCACGGUUUGGGAACCCCGUGUAAAUUGCCAACGAAAGACAUAUUUAUGACCUCUGAAUAAUUCUGCCAACUGCUAGUGUUCAUAAAUGUGUCUUUUGACGAGUAGAAUGGCCCAAAUGGUGCAAAUACUCUGUGUCGUUUAAGAACAGAUUACAGUAUGUCCAAACGCACAGGUGCAAAAAGAUUGACUUAUUUGUCAAAAUUAUAUUACAUAAUUUCCUAUUCGUAAAAUGGCAGGAUUUUUUUUAGUUUGGUUCAAGCGAUCCUUUGAUUCACGUCUUAGCCUAACAAUUUUAAUGCAUUUUUUAUUUUGUUUGACCUGCGUCUGUCAUCUCAUGCAGAUGCAUACCUAGAAAAAUGCAAGUCACUCUCAACACUUGUUGCUUAUAGGCUAUAGACAAUAUAAGCUAUUUAAUACCUCGUUUUCAUCCUUGUCGUAGUUUAAUAUCGAAUAGCAAAAGCGUGUUGAUUUUCAUCAAAUCGAAACACUCGUUUAGUAAGGUAAGUGUUAUUCUUAAUCUAAGUUAUGUUUGUAUUUAAAGAAUACAUAGUAACUAGUCAAAGACAAGAUGUCUAUAAAAUCACUAUUUUUCAUUACGGUUAAACUCUUUGCAUCGUUACUUAAUCAUUUAACAUAAUUUUAAGAUUAAUUAAUCGCUCUUUGUAUCAUUACUAAUACAUGUAGGUAUUUAAUUGUGAAGCGUGAGUUGUGUUAUAUACAAUAUAGGUGAAAACUCGAGUGUUGUCUUCAUAAUAUUCUCGGUACUUGGAGGUCGCCUCGUAUUUUCACUGAUAGUUAUGCUGUCUAAGGAAAUAAAGGUGUACUUUAACCUUACUUAGCUUAACUGAGGCUGACUUUACCUAACCUGAAAAAAUCUUCGUGCUAUUCAAGUUGCAAUUAGGCGAUGGUUUUGACCAACAAGUAUCGAGUUUGCUUUAUAUUCCUUAGCUCCACUCGUAACCUGCAUAUUUGUAAGUCUCUGUGCUACUCUGGAACGUCCGAUUUUGUUUAGAAGCUAGAUUAUGUGAAAUCAAUACUCAAAUAAACUUCACUGUCUCAUAAAUCCCAAUAAAUUGUCAUGACUAUGCGUUAUCCAUUAAAUGUUUACCACAUCUGAGUACAGAUAUACUUCUAGCAGGUGUCAUUGUACUUGACUGGUCACAUAGUUAAGCCCGUGUCGGACACUGGUAAACCUUCAGUGAUGAAGUUCCGCAUUCAUUUAUUCAGUCGCGAUCGAGUCUUUGUUUUCCAUCACAACUGUAGGUACUUUAUUUCUCCCACCAAACCACAAACUUGUUUUAAGUAAAUUAAAAAAAAUAUUUUCCUCGCAAUUGAUCCGUUUAAACUUAAUGUCUUUAUCUGCUGUUUCUACCUAAUUAAAUAAGUCGGGAGUUAACUGCAUAAAAGGAGAUUUAUAAUAAUGUUACCUUUUGCAAAUUUGUUAUCUUGUUUAAUACAUUAAAUCUUCUUGUUGCGGAUUGUUGUUUAUUUCAAAUAUAAGAUAUUUUAUGCGUCGUUCAAAACUUUAUUAACACGCUUAGUUGAUUUCUGAUAACUAACGUUGGAAUUUGUGUGUGUGUUGUUUAUGUUAUUUACAUUUUAAAUAACCAUGUGUACAUAAUUUAUAAAGGUCUUAAUUGAUUCCUAUGACAUUGUUAAACAUAAUUGAAAAUCUCUAAUAGGUAUACUUUUUUAUUAUAAAAUAGAACGUUUGGUUAGAUAAAAAAAUGAUGGUGUAAAAAAGAAUGUCUUAACAGUUGGAAAUGUAUACACGAUCAGAAGUGUAAAACUAAGCUUAUUCACAACCAUGAAAAUGUUUAUUACAUAGGUUUUCAUGUGCAAAAUCUGUAUUAAAUUUUACUAACAUAUAUCUGAGAAUAAAUAGAGAUGAGUACUCCAACUAGUCUUAAGAUAGAUUCAACUGAAUGGAGAAGGCGUUAGAAGCAAGAUUACAUGUUAUUGAAAAUCACUAUCAUAAUAUUAUAUAAUGAAUAUUAAGGUACAAAUAGAUUAGAGGAGUUUUAUAAAUUUUGUAUUCGGCCUUUGAUGUAACAGAAUAAAAAUAUAAAGAUUA